CAUUGAUGGGAAAAUGAAUUCCAGAGUUUAUCAAGACAUUUUGCAGGAAAACGUACGACCAUCUGUCCGCCAACUGAAGCUCCGCACAGGAUGGGUGAUGCAACAGGACAAUGACCCAAAGCAUACAAGUAAUUCAACAAAACAAUGGCUGCAACAGCACGGACAUUAACCACUUGCCUUCCAGAGGAUUUACCCCCCUUAAUGACCAGGCCUCUUUUUGCUACUCGGCGCUGCACUAAUUCAACUGAUAAUUGCGCGGUCAUGCAAUGCUGCACCCAAACGAAAUUUAUGUCCUUUUUUCACACAAAUAGAGCUUUCUUUUGGUGGUAUUUGAUCACCUGUGCGCUUUUU